GUUACCUAUGGCAUGAGCUGAAUUCACCAACAGAGGGCAGUAAUAGCAUAAUUUUGCUAUACUGCAGGUAGUAAUUCUGUGUUUUUAUCUAACUACUGUAUGUCUAACUAAAUUAACUCUUUAGAUGUCAUUUUAUACCGUCAGUGCAAGUCUGUUCAAAAGUGUGUCUAAGAUUUAAAAUUAUUACCAGGCCCUCACGGCCCUUGAUCUAAAUAAAAGUACAGUGUGGUUAUUUCUGAGUCUGUACUGUUCUGCAGCUGCAGGUUCAGACAGCAGAGGUCUCCCCUCACCUCAGACUGAAACCUAUCACUAACAGAUCCAUCAUGAGAAGCUGCUUAUGAACCUUGUAUUCAACUCAGAGUGAGAGAGUGACAGUGAUGGACUUUUUCUGUCCCUGAAGCAAAUCUGCCUUUCUGUCAGAACAAGGCAAGUGACAAGUGAUACAUUCCUGUUGACUCUUAUUAGGAAUUCAUAUUUUUACUAGAUACUAGAUUUUUCAAUAACUUUCUGCUCUUCCUGUAACUUUUUUUCUUUAAUUAUCCUCCUGCUUUCAACUUCUGUCCUCAAACUUCCUCCUUCCUGGUUGUUUCUCCCCCCUGGGAUUCUCCAAAAUGGAACACUUUGUUAGAACUGUGUCAGUCAGUGACCUGAUUCAGUUUCCUGCUGUCUCUCAUCUUAAGGUGAUUCCCACUAUUGCAGCAUUAGUACAGAAACUUGCAGCAGACAUGCGGCAGCUUGAAACCAUAAAUGGCUUCUUUUUUUAAAUGAAUGAACAAAUGAACAGAGCUCACGUUCAGCUGUUGUACUAGGAUUUUUUUUUUGUCAUGCAGCAAGUUGCUCCUUAGAGAAAAAUACAGAAGUUCUUAUUACCGAUUUACUGCCAAAAGAUUCAUAUCAUUAUCGUUUUCAUUGUAUAUUAUAAGCUGAGAUGCUUCUACUGCAUAGUAUAUGCCAGAAAUGUAGAUUAUAGAAGUUUUCAUGCAAUAUAUAUCUUAUAAUUUGAUUCCAUAUGCACAUAACUGAAAGAAUGUUUGCUUUGAAGUUUUUUGUUUUUUUUUUUGGUCUUUAAACUCUAAUAUUCCUUCUUCUCUUUCAGCCCACAGUCAAAGUCUGAUUUAUUACUAAGUGAGUAUUAACCUGCAAGAUAUUUGCUUUGGUGCAGAACAAAACAGUAACAGGAACAUGUGAUGAAAAAUUACAAGAGGAUUUGGAAUCAAUAAGGAUUAAAUUUAGGAAAAUAAGAGAAAAACAGGAACUGUAGUAGAAAGGUGUGAUGAUAGCAAGUUUGAAUCAGGGCACUAUGGUGUGGUGUCACUACAGGCUCGUUUGACUCUGUCACUCAUCUUUUGAGUGUCACUAGAUGGCAGUGUAAUGGAAACAAUUCCAAAUCCUAAAAUGGUAUUUAUCUGCUUCUAUACCAUUUCACAUUCACAGCAUUUAAAAGCAGGUCUGUCCUUAAUUUUAGCACCAUUUUAGUUAUACUAUUUUCUAUAGCAGACAAAUUGUGUAAUUUUACACCAGAAUACAACCAAUGUUACAAUAAUUUCAAUAUUUUAUAGGUUUGCAAUGUGGUCAGAUAGUCCUUUUCACAAGGCACCUAAUUAUAUUUUAAACCGCCUAAUCUGUUUCUGUUGGAUUCUGUAUUCUAGCCUGCAAUAUGUUUUGUUUAUCCCUGUUUAUAAUCAAACUAUGUUUUCAUAUUUUUCCUAUAUAUAUCUGGGGGGCAGGGGGGUUGUUUGUUUUUGUGCACCCUCAAUCUUAAUUAAAUACAGAGGAUGAGCAGCACAUAUAAGAUCCUUUUGUUCAGUUUUCUGUACUGUUUUUUUUUUUUUCAGAGGAUGGGCUUUUGUCUCCCUUUCUGAUGAGAGUUUUUAGAGGUUACCAAGGCAACUGUUGAAUUCAGUUUCAUUUUAGCUGCUGGGUUUGUCUUGUACAUGUUCACAGCACCAUCAUAUUCGAGGCAAAUUCAUUCCUGGCACUGAUCAGCAGUACACGCCGGUCUUUGUUCAUGGAAAAAGAAUUUAGUUGUUUGUGUAGAAUUGUAGAGUUUUUUUAUUAUAUUAUUGUUAAUUUUAAUGUAUUUAGUUCGAACAGGAAUGUGUCAGUAGUGAAUAGUAAAUUAAGAUAAAGAUUUAGUAAUUUAUUUGUCAUUGUUGCACAGCAUGUGUUCUCUGCAUUCAACCAAUCCCCAUAGUGAGCAGGGAAACGGUGGUUCCUGAGUCACGUCGAUGAAUGCAACAGGUUGAAACCAAAUUAUCUGUCUAUUUUUACACGCACACGUCUCUUUUUACUGUAGUAGUUUCAGUAACAGUUUGUUAAGUUUUAGGGCAGUUUUUAUGACUUUGUACCGUUUUUUUUUUCAAGUUAGCUAUGCGUUUUAGCUUGUGGCUAAUUCUAUGUUUGUAAAUUCUUUGAUCAAUGUCAGCUGUUUUCUAUUAAUUCUGCUCUAAGUGUAUUUAUUUCAAGGCUACCCUUUUCUUCUUUCUUUCUAUUUAAGACUUUUUUUGCUCUUUCUACGGAACGUUUUGGUAAGUUUUGGAGAUCCUAAUAUACAGUUAGCUGGUGGCUAUUUAUUUUGCAAGUUUAGUUUGACCUAUUUCUUUAUGUUGUUAAAAAUAUUUUAAAUAUCUGGUGGCCAGUGUUUCCUAUUUCCCUAUUUUAGACAACGCUAACAUCUAGAACCAAACAGAAAUUAGCCUAGCUGCCCAUUUCCCAUGAAGAACUUACUAAAGCAUUUUAAACAGUUAUUUACUGGGCCAAUAAAAUCCUACCACCUGGGAAUUCAAGAUUAAAAACCAAAAUGAGCCAUGUAAGCCUGGACUUCUUGUUUAUUUACCCUUUUUUUUAUUUUUUAUAAAAGGUUCAUCAUAUCAUAUUUAAAUAGGCAGAAGAAAGGAAAUAGUAUUAACUCCCAGAGAGGCUAGACAUUUACUGAAAUUAUCCCCAUGUUGCCACCUCCACAACAUCUUUAGCUACAAUCAACUCUGGGGCAUUUAAUGUCCUUUCACUGUUUUAUGAGUGAAAUUUACAGCCUUCUGCCCAUCUCCCCCCGCCUUGUCUUUGGCAUUGUCCUGAGGAGGAGGGUCACUGCGGAUUUGCUCAGAAAGGAAUUACCUUUUAAAGAUGUCAGUGCUGCCGACAUCAGUGUGAACACUAACAAGUGUCUUUCACAUCAUUUGAAUGUCUCAGCAUUCCUGAUUCCCCUACCUGGAUUUUAGUGCCUUCUAAUAUCAACCAAACAGUCUCUGUUCAGUUUUUUUGUUUUUUAUACUUGUCGUUUGUUUGUUGCACUGUAAGAUGCUGGUGCUGCGUUAGCGUUGCUGUCAUUCAUUUGUGCUCAAUGGAAGAUCAGUGAGUCGUUUAAAGAGGCUAAUUUAAUUUUUACAUUUGUGCUCAUGUGGUGGGGGUGGGAGUUAUCGUUCAGCCGUGUGCACAAUGUGCCAGGGGUUAUAAUUAACGUUACAAAUGCAGGACACGUAGGCUAUCAUUACUGCUAAUGUCUAUCAUGCCAAUACCGAUGUAAUAUCUGCAAGAGAAUACAAAACACUUAAGUGCUUGUGUGUAGCAGUAGUAGUAUUUGUCUGGAUUUAUGUGUGUAACAGACCAGACAUGUCUGAUAAUGUGUGUGCGCGCAUGUGUGUAUGUUUCCGUAGUACUAGCACAGCUGCAGUAAAGCCCAUCCCCUGCUUCCUUCUUCAAUGAGACUUCCAUCCUGGUAGUGAGGAGAGAAGCUGCACCAUUGGCCACUCCCCUCUCUUCUGGUAUUGGAGAGGAAAGGACGCCUCCCUCCCCUCUUAAAUUGAUGCAAAGUUUUAUCCUGAAGAAACUGGUAAAUGAAAACAGGUAAAUGCAUGCUAAAAGAAUUGACUUUAGCGUUGUAUCCUGAAACACCACCCCGCCCCUCUUUUCUCCACAUUCCAUUUUAAAAUAUCCUGUCCUAACAUUAAUACAAUGAGGCGUGACUCUGAGUGUCACGGUAGGACAUCUUGCUUUAUGUGAGAACAAAUUGUGUCAUUUUAUGGUCUUGAAGGUCAAAAAGUACGUUCAAAGUAAAUCACUUGUUUUUAGUCCAUACACAGGCCGUCAGUGACACAAAAUUGGUUUUAAUUUAGAGAUUUCACGCUCUAAGACACCUCUAAGACUCUGCUAAGAUUAUCCAACCAAAUUUACCCAUCUCUGUUGUUCUUCAUUGGGUUGUAACAGAAGUUGUACACCUUCUGGGCUUUAUUACUGCCACCUGUUGGGUCUGUUGUUCCCUUAAAAACAAAUAACCAGAAUUGUUCAAUUUACUUGGAAACAACUGGAAGAAGAAUCCCUUUGCCUUCUGGCUUUAAUGGGGGGUCGCUACAACGAUAGUCCCCAUAGUGACCUGGCAGAGCUUUCAUACCAGAUGCUCUUCCUGACGUAACCAACGUGGGUGUUGUCGAACCCAGAGCCUUUGUUGCAGGUAGGUUUCCUAUCGAUGCUUCACUCUCGCUCUGCUUACAAAAGAAGAAGAUUUGAAAAUACAGUCAGAGGGUAGCAGCCCUGCUGAUGAUACACCAUCAUAUACUUCCUGUUAUGAAUUUCUAUUAUUAUUGUUGUUAUUGUGGGUGUAUUAAAAAGGUGAUCUACACACAUUAUUCAAUGCAGUAACUCUUUUCAGACAAUAAAUAUUCAAAAAUAAGAUCAGCUUCUGUACCUAAAUGCUGUGUUAAUGCAGUUUGUUACAAGCUGUCCUCACAACUACAGCGAGAUGUUUUCAUGUGUGCCUCAGCCUGUGUGUUUGUGUGUGAGUAGAGGAAAGGGAGAGGCAGCAGUCAGUGCCGUGGGAUAGAGGAUAAAGAGAGAGAGGAAGGAGGAGGAGUAGGAGAGUGAAUGAGAAGCUGCUGGCUGUGCCUUGCUGCUGCAUGUCUGCCGUCUGCUGCUGCUGCUGAAGCUGGUGUUUUUUUUCUUCCUCCUCACAGCCACACCGCACUGGUUCUGGGCGCAGCCACGGCUCCAACAUCCACACUCUUCUUCACACUGGCGAGGAGAGAAAAGGCAAAGGGACGUGCUCAGCAGGAUUUCUCCAUCAACCGACGAGGGGACGCAGCAGCUGCAAAGGGGGCCUGACUCUACAAUUUAGGCAGCAGCUGCUUCCUCAACCAAACCCCCUUCCACCUUAUCUCAUCCUUUACACCACCACCACCACCUCCUCCUCCUCUCCUCUUCUGAUCCUCCCUAUGCCCUUGUCCUCGGUGGCUCCACUCACCUCCCUGGCCAGUAUAUGGAUAGAAGCUCCCUGUUUCAGCUCAUACAAGAGCAGCUGGACCCAGAGAACACCGGUUUCAUUGCAGUGGAGAACUUCACUAGCUUGGUGGAGGACCAUGAGCUGCAGCUGGACCCGUCUAAACUGGACAUGCUGCUAGCCCUCGUCCAGAGCAAUGAAGAAGGACAAGUGUGCUACCAGGAGCUCAUUGAGCUGAUGAGCAGCAAACGCUCCAGCAGUUUCCGUCGAGCCAUCGCCAAUGGCCGCCGCACGCUGCAGAGGGAAAUCCUGCUGGACGAAACGGGGCUGGGUCUGUACAAGCGCUUUGUGCGCUAUGUGGCCUACGAGAUCCUGCCCUGUGAGACGGACCGGCGCUGGUACUUCCACCAGAACCGCCUCUGUCCUCCGCCGGUCUUCAUCGCAGUUGUCACCAUUGUCCAGAUCAUUGUUUUUAUGUGCUAUGGCAUCAUGCUAAACAAGUGGGUUCUGCAGACCUAUCAGCCGGACUUCAUGAAGAGCCCUCUGGUCUACCAUCCAGGCCAUCGUGCUCAAGUUUGGCGCUUCUUUAGCUACAUGUUCAUGCAUGUCGGCCUGGAGCAGCUGGGCUUCAAUGCUUUGCUGCAGCUGAUGAUCGGCGUGCCUUUAGAGAUGGUCCAUGGGAUUUUACGAAUAAGCCUGCUUUACAUGGCAGGAGUGCUGGCUGGCUCACUGACCGUGUCCAUCACAGACAUGCGAGCUCCAGUGGUGGGAGGAUCCGGUGGAGUCUACGCUCUGUGCUCAGCACAUCUGGCCAAUGUUGUCAUGAACUGGGCCGGAAUGCGCUGUCCUUACAAGCUGCUCCGCAUGAUCCUGGCCCUGGUUUGCAUGAGUUCAGAAGUGGGUCGUGCAGUCUGGCUUCGCUUCUCACCCCCGCUGCCGUCCUCGGGGCCCCAGCCCAGCUUCAUGGCGCAUCUGUCAGGGGCCGUGGUGGGCAUCAGCAUGGGGCUGCUAAUCCUGCGCAGCUACGAGGAGAGUCUGCAGAAACAGUGCUCCUGGUGGGUCAUUGUCUUCUCCUUCAUCACCUUUCUCCUCUUUGCCAUCUUCUGGAACAUCUUCGCCUAUGAGCUUCUUGGUGUACAGAUCCCACCUCCUCCCUGAUACUGACCUCCUCCAACCCCCUCUUCUCUUCCUCUACACACACACAUACUUCCUCUCAAGUUAGUCCCACAUGAAAUGAUAUAAUGAGGUCAUUCUGAGUAAAAUCGACCUGAGAAUCCUUUUCUACAUACUUUGCAAAUCAAAGAAAUAUGUCUCUUUUAUUAAAGAGGGAUUACAGUAGCAACAAACACAGGGGACACUUCCUCUGAUCCACUUUGAGGAGUAAUAUCUUUUUAUACACAAAGGAAUCUCAUCUUCAUUACAACUGCUUUCCUUUCACUGUCCUUUCUUAAACUGUAAGAUCUCACGUAUGAUGAGUCUGAGUUAGUGACACGUGCCUCCGUUUAAAAGAGAGGUGGAACAAAAGCAGUAAAAACUUCUGUUUUAACCACAAACAGAUGUGGCUCAGAAGCAGGGAUGCCCUAAAAUCUAACAGAAAUUCAAAGAGGCACUCAAACAGAGAAGACUGCAGAAGUGUGCUGCACGGAACGAUUUCCAGCACAUUUAUUUGCAAGGGUAUCAAUAAACUAAAAAACAGAAGCACCUAUUUUUCUCAGAAAUCUUUCAAGUAGAUCACAGAAAAAUGUUGUUUGAGAUCAAAUAGUUUAGUCAAAAAAAUCUGAACAAUUUGAUCCAAUACAGACUGAUGUUUCCUACUUUUUCAAUUGUUUGCAAAUACAGCCCUGCUGUUGAAAAGUAAAAGGGCAGACUGUCAGAUAGAACUUUUUGCCACUUACACUCAAAAGAUCAGUGAUGUAUUGUUCGUGUUUUACAGAUUUAUUGAGAAGACCAAAUUUUUUCAGCCAGUUGAUUUUUUUGUAAAAAUCCUGGCUGCUGUCUUUACUGUACAUCAGCUGUGGGACGUCACAGUUAGGCUGCUACAGAAGGUGAAGGGUUUGACAAGUGAAGCUAACAGCCCAGGUCAUGGGAGCCAAGGCAGAAGCAGUUGCUUCUCAUCAGGCUGAAUAAAGAAGGCAGUGAAGCUGGGCCGGAUUUUACCAUGACGUCAUCCAGCCAUGCUGCCCCCAAAACAGUAAUGUUGCAGCAAUCAGAAGUAUGCAUCUGGGCUAAAACCAAGGUUAGAAGAGCCUAACGGAGACAGAGGUAUGUGACUAACUGUACAGACACUAGUUUUAAACAGUUCUUUUACAAUUAAUAUCUGGUGAAGAACUGGUCCAUAUUGCAUUGUAAUAUUAUUUUGAGCGUGUAAAGAGGAGAGAAAUCUUCUGGCAGCCGGUCCUCAUUUGUUCUGCAUCAGAUAAGUGUGUUAAAAAUGGACGGGACAAGUAGGAUAACGACGUCUGUGUUGGACAAAUUUUCUCAUUGUUGUUUCCACUGAUAGAACUUAAUGACCUACAGUGACUACAGUCAGGUCUCUCUCAUAAAACAACUUACAGAGUUUUCAAUAUUAAUUAAGAUGCAUAUAUUCCACCUGAGCAAUCAAAAUAUAUUUGCUUUGAUUGCAAAAAAGAUUAAGAAGCAGAGCAGGUGCAGAACAUGUGGAGGAAAAUAGCUUUAAAUGCAUUUUUUAGACAAAUUGUACGUGGAGUCUUUCAUUAUCAGGGAGUGUAGUAACUGUUAGAGGCUGUUGUCAUUCUUCACUUCAUGGCAUCUUUUAUGACAUUAUAUUAACACUGUGGAUACAGCGACAUAACUCAGAUGAUAAAAAUGGUAUUUUAAUCAAAAGAACUUCUUGGAUUUUUGUCACUGCAGCCGAGUGAUCUUCCGUAACUUGCGAGCAGCACCUUGUAAAUUAUGCCAUGUCAUUUUCUGUGGCUUAGCGAGACAAGGACACACACAGACACAUGAACAUGCACGUCCUCUUUGUCUUUGAGAACAGCCACUGCCUGAUUCUGUAGGUUGAUGAAGACAAAUUAAAGUGGACGAUGCUACACACACACCUACACACGUACACACACCUACUGCCUGUUCUCGCUCUGAAAAACUGAACUGAGGAGGACACCCAUGUGUCCCAGAAGGCUUUGGGGUCUCACUGUCGAACCCAGUCAAUACCUCAGUUUCUCAUUCUUAGGGACUGUAUACUUUUGUAAAGGAAUGUACGUAUCAAGACAGAAAAAAAAGAGUGUUAUUAAUUUGUCCCCGUUCUUUUCAUUUGACCGUGGAUGUGUAUAUUGUACGUUCAUAACCAAAUAUAUUUAUUUGAAUUAUGUUUCCUCAUUGAGGAAGAAAAGAUGUUGGAAAUUUCAAAUGGUGCAGUAAAAAAAAGAAGAAUGCUAUAAUUGUUUUCCUGAAACUUCCUGAAAAACAGUGGACGAGGCAGCAUCUCCUGGUGACCACCAUCAACACAGCUCAGUUGAUUUUCAUCAAAUAGUGUUUUACAAAAUAAGCCAUAGAAAGAACCGGGUUUAGAAGGAAUGAAACAGGGAAAGAAGGUGAUGUUGGUCUGUAACCUGCGGAUCAGUAGCUCAAGCUCAGCGCUUCUCAUUUUUCCACGUAGCAGAUCCAUCUUUGGAACUUGAUCUUUGUUGAUGCAUCUGAAUUUUUCCGUAUCUUAUGAGCCUCAGCUGCACUGUGCUGAUGCCUACCUACAGUCAGUCCAUGCUAAUGACAAAUAAUGCCUGUCAUAUAUUCAUAUCUGCCUGAUCCAAACACAAGCGAGCGUAGCAAUUACAUUGACUCCUGCUCUGUUUUCUCAUUUUUCAGUCUUUUAAUUUGUCAAUAAUUCAUAUGAAUGAGUGCCAGCUACCUGAGUUAAGGGUUUUCAAAGUAUGCGUCUGCCAAUUUGGAUCAUUGGCCAUAAAUUUGGUCCUCUGCAAUUUGCCUCUGCAUGAAAACGUCUGUAGUGACAGGAAGGCGAUGUGCUAAAUAAGAAUCUGUAUGAAGUAGCCAGAGGGCCAUUUUCAGACACAUAUUUAUCACUGCUGAAAACCCUUGCCUGUACAGUAAGAAAUAUUAUUGCUUGGGAUAGCAGAGAUACAUAGAUGAAUAAUGCAUUCAUGCCCUAUGGAGCUAUAAUGAAGUUAAAGAGAAUGCCUGAGUCUCUUUAACUUCACACUCACAGGAACUCAAGGAUUGUAAAAAAAAAAAAAGCUGGUUAAUGGAAAUGCUUUUGUAAAACACAUUAACUGUGACUAUUAUUCCCCCUGAAAGUCAUGCAGGAAUAAAAUCGAAGGGUUAUGAAUUGUAAUUGCCCCUCAUUCUCAAAAAAAGUAUUCUCAUCCAAUUCCUCCACCUGUCAUUCAUACAAAUGUCUUCAUUGGUAAAGAAAGAGAAAAGUUGGGGCAUCCCCAACAUCCAGCUGGGGUGAGGAAGUUUCCUGAGCAGCUUAUCACUCCUGUGCGAGCCAGACCUGCUGGCCUGCAGCCUGAGCAAGACAUUAAAACCACACACACCUUCAAACGAAAGUCAUCAGGCUGCAGCUCAGGGAAGGCAGUAAUCGAGGCCUGACUUUCAUCCUGGGUGGCUGACAGCUGCAGUGGUUUGGGUUUUGAAGAGAAUUAAGAGGGAAAAAAGAGGAAAGUACUGCGACUCUUCAUUUGAAGCCAUCUCUUUGUUUUCCUUUCCCUCCACUCGUGUGUCUCAACACUUCCACUGUCAGGAUGAAACAGGCAGUGUGAGGAAUAACCAGAGCUUACACCCAUCUGACAGAUGGCAUUGAUGUUUACUUUAGUAUGCUAUAUUUUCUGCAGCGUAAGGACAGCUCAGUGACUGGAACACCGAUCACUUGCAAAAAUUUAGCCAAGGACUAGAUAUGUAGCUCAAAUGUUACAGUCAUAUAUAUAUAAACUGUAUAUGCUACUGUAUAUAUUUAUAUAUACAGUAUAUUUCUACUGUAUAUAUAUAUAUAUAUAUGUUUGCGUGUGUAUGUGUGUGUAUAUUUAUAUACAUAUAUGCCCAUUUCUAUCAGUGUGUGGUGUUUAAAGGUUAGUGCCAAGGUCAGUGUCUACAUCAUCCGUACCUGGGUCUUUGUUGGUGUGACCGAAACCCAGCGUUUUGUCCAUUUCAUUCCUCGUUGCAGUCAAAAACGCAGCAUUGCUUGACAUUUCUGUUGCUUCUACGUCCACAUACUCCUCAUUUUCUAUUAAAUGGUGGAGUUUUUUUGUACUAAUUAUGUUGUGGUUGACUGACACGUCGAUGUGUGCCAUAUUCUCUACUGCCAUAAUAACUCUAUGAUGCUUCUGUUUCUUAUGUCAGUCCAUUGUGCUGUUAUGCCUAAUGCCUUUUUGAAUAGAAGCCCAAAGUCUGAACAUGGGCUGAGAGGCUGCAUUGCUGUUAGCUGUAUAAUUACUGACACACAGUUGAACCCACAGUGUAAAACAACUGUACGGUCAGUCGAUGCUCUCACAUCUGGACCUAGCUGCCUUUUCCUAGUGCUAACAGGACUGAACAUAUCUGGAGAAAUGUACAGUCCUGGUAAAAAGUCAUUAAGAAUUUUAAAUUCCAAUUUUAUGUGAUAAUCACAAUAAAGUCUUCAGGAGAUUCUGAAAAACCAAGCAGAAAACAGACAAAUUUAGCAAUUUAACACAAUUUAAAAAUAUGACUUAUUUUGGACUUCAAAUAUUGGUCAUUUUUUGCUUAUCUUGGUGUAAUACACAACAUCCAGAGAAGGUAGUGUGUAUAGGUCAAGGUGAAGCAAGGUUACAUGUGUUUUGUUGCAUUUUCUGGCCUUAUAUACUACUAAUUGUGGUUGAAAUGUUCAAAGGCUUAAAAAUGGCUGAACACAAAGACAAAAUAUGCAUUUCUAAAUCCUGGGAUUUGUAGGGAUCCAAAAGUCUUUCUCAUGGUCCAAUGUGCUGAAAAGGUUUGACUUAAGACUGGAACUGAAUGUUCUUGUUUCUGUGUGAAUUAUUACAUUUUUUGUAGAAACAAGAUAAAAGUCUGAUUUACAGAUGGAGAAGCUAGGCUGGACUAUAAGAUGUAUGAAUAUUUUAUUCUGUCACACAAACACACACGAGCAUAGAAGAAGCCGCAGUGCAGAUCAGCUUCUGUCUUGGUUUCCCCAGUUUCUUGCUUUAGUGCAGAUUCAC